GCGAAAUUGUAAAUCUUGAUCAAAACAUACAGUACCGUGUGUGAAAAAAAUGUGAAAGUCUGUGCGUCAGAAGUGUUUUUAGACGAUUUUAAACACUGGUUGUACGGCUGUUUCGCAGCUGACAUUGCCACGACAGUGACGAGCGUGAGGUCGCUUAAGAUGGACCAAAAACAGUGCAACGAAAACCCUACUGUUCCCCUGACAAGGGUGUACGCCAGAAGAUGGCUGAUGAUUACCAUUUUCAUUUUAUACGCGAUCGCAGUCAUCGGACAAUGGCUGCAGUACAGCAUCAUAAGCAACAUCAUUGCAAGAUACUACGACGUAUCGCUCGUGGCUGUGAACUGGACUUCCCUGGUAUUUCUGGUGAUUUACAUUCCUAUGGUGUUUCCCGCAUCGUAUGUGAUAGAUCGAUUAGGCUUACGCUGGACCAUGAUCGUCGGAUGUGCUCUGGUCACCUCUGGCAGCUGGAUCAAAGUAUUUUCAGCCUCGCCCGAUAGAUUCUACGUCACCUUCAUUGGCCAAGCCGUGAUAUCUAGUGCCCAGGUGUUCGUGAUAAGCGUCCCUGGCCGUCUUGCCGCUAACUGGUUUGGACCCCAUGAGAUUUCAACAGCCACGGCAAUUGGUCUUUUUGGCUGUCAAAUAGGAAUAGGAAUUACUUUCCUCCUGCCACCAAACAUCGUCAGGAAUCAUGAGCAGUUAGAAAAUAUUGGAAAUGAUCUGUUCGUACUCUACUUGACUACCGCCAUCUUCGCAUCGUUGGUCACCGUUGUUGUAUUCGCGUUUUUCCGGUCAGAUCCCCCGCUACCGCCGAGCGAUGCCCGGAGGCUUCAAAUUCUACACAAGACAGAGAGUACAGAAGGAUUCUUAACACUGACAAGAAGGCUGCUGACAAAUCGCAGCUACCUUGCUCUCUGGCAUGCCUUCGGUGUUACCAUAGGCGUUUUCAACGCUCUUAGUACACUCUUGAACGAAAUGUACCUCAUGCGAUUCAAGAGCGGGGAAGUCGAAGUUGGAUACAUCGGGGUGGUUAUAACAAUUUUAGGUAUGGCUGGAGCCAUUGUCGCGGGUGUCGUACUUGACAGGACACACAAGUUCAAACUGAUGAUCAGUUCGGUAUGUGCACUGUCGUGGAUAGGACUUAUACUCAUCGGAAUCGGCUUGCUGCUUGAACACAAAUGGAUCAUUUACCUGGGAGCAAUCAUGUUCGGGUUUUUCAAUGCUGGCUACAGCACACUCGGGUUCGAAGUUUGUGCGGAAUUCACCUACCCGGAUCCAGAAGGCGUAACUACUGCUUAUUUGACUGUCGCCCACCAAUCUUAUGGUGCAGCAAUGAUACUUAUUUUCGGAAAGGUAUUAGAAUCCUAUGGCGACCUUUGGGUCCACAUAGGACUCGGAGUAAUCGGCUUCACGGGAUUGGUAGCUCACAUAUUUACGAAAGAUUUGCAGAAGCGGCAAAAUGCGAAAGAAAUCGCUUGCCGCAACAAAGUACACUUGAAAGAAGACCCCAGUGCAUAAGACGUGAAGAGAACUGUCCGGAGUUAGAAAUCGUAUUUUGCGUAACAACUUGACCAUCGAAUUAUGCAAGAUUUUCAGAUCCCAGAUACGAUGACAAUUUAUCGCCAAGCGGAAUGUAUUAAAUCCAUUGGAGAAACUUGUUCUGGUUUAUUCCAAAAGCAUCUGACAUCACGCAAGAAAACUGGCGAGAAAAAGUGGUUCAAGUGCUAUAUACGCGUGUCA